AGAAAUAGUGAGUCUGCUUCUGAGGAAAGAAGCUUCAGGCGAGAGAGACGACCAACAAUGGCGACCGCUUCCGCAUCAGGUCGAAGCAACAGAGACGGUACGGCCAAAGCCAUGGUGGCCGACCACAUUUCUCAGUCAGUGCGAUCCACUUCCAAUCUCCUUCAUCUGAUGCAGCAAUCUUCUUCGGCUCAGUUGAGUUUGUCAUAUAGUUCAUCUUGCCUGCAGGCUCAGUUAGCAAAAUUGCCAAAGAACCUUUUGGCGAAAGCAUCAACUAUAAAAAAUACUGAGAAAAUCUUAGAGCAGAUGCCCCAAGUGGUUUCAUCAUUAGAUGCAUAUGUUGAGAAGGGACUAGAAAGCAUUCCUCAUUUGCAGACUGUUGUGCAAUUACUUACAAACAUGGAAAGCACCCAACUAAAAUCUCUCUCCCAAAUCCAACACCCUAAAGAGGAAAUCGAGUCUGUUCAUCAACUGAAAGAUGUGGACUAACAGUUCUGCCCUUCUAGAACGUGUCACCUACAGUGUAAAUAUAGGAUCAUAAGGGUAAGUGCCCUAUCCUUGUUCCUUGUUGUCCUGUAUGAUACUGCAUGUCUGUGCCUCAAUUUAAUUUGUUUAACGCCAUUCUCGUCAUGUUGCAAAAAUAGAGUAAAUGAAAUUAAUGAAUGGCACAUAUCCUUAUAAGAAUUAGAUCCUUGUAAGAGUUUGUUUGUUUGUUUGUUUGUUUUUUCUAUCUUAUCUACUUGUAGGAUUUCGUUUUCUCAUCUUGGAUGCUUUUGUAAGAAUUUAUUGCCUUUGUGGCAAAACCUUAUAUGAUCAGAACCAUAAUGAUAACAAAUUUGAAUUA